GGAAGACUCUUAGGCGUCCAGAGUGUUUCAAAGUCGCUGGGAAAUUACGAAAUAACCGCUUGUCUUCUCUAUCGAGUCCAAAGUGGAGCUCUGCAAAUCCUCGGGCAAGACGACGAUUUGGAAAACGAAAUUAGGUAAACGAUGGAGGAGAUAUUUGCUCUGAUAGUCUCAAUGAUUCUCAUAGUUGCGGUGAUUCCUUUGUUCUUUUGGAAACGUCGGAGAGAUGCUAGAUCACGGGAGGAAGUUGCUGAACCACCACAGGUUCAACCUCGUGAAAACGUGGCACGUGCUGGUGGUGGACGGAGGAUGCGUAGGAGACCUGCAGCUUCUGGUGCUAGCUCCUCUACAUCCAAUGUUCAAGGUUUGUAUUUGACAGCUUUUGUUUCUCUUUGAGUUUUGAGGAUUGAGUUUCUGCUAUCUUUGUAAUUUGAAGCAACCUUAUGUAGAUAGUUGUGUUAUUGGUUAGAGUUUACUAUAGCUAGCGAACACUCGAAACCAUCAUUUAUUCAAGAAUACUCGAUAACUUUUUAGUUUCAUUUGUAAUCUAUCUUGCUGUGAAUGUAGUUUAAGUUUAGAAAAGUCUUGGAACUAAAUGAACAAUUGGCCUUGGAACAAAAUUAUUGGGUAUGUGUGAAACAGAAAACGGCAGUGGGAGUGAAGAUGAAGAUGAAGAUGAAGCUGGUGGAACUCAAGCCAGAGCAUCAAAGAAGAAAGAGAAGAAGCGACAAGAGCGGGAAGCACAAAGACAAGCUGAGGAAGCUACACGCGAGUCAAGGAAUACAAAACAAGAUUGGUAUGCAGAAAUGCGGAGGAAGAAGGAUGAAGAACGCGAGGCAGAAGAGCUGAAGUUGGAAGAAGAAGAAAAAGCGCGACAAGCCAAAGAAGAAGAGGCAGCUGCGUUAGAGUUUGACAAAUGGAAAGGGGAAUUUUCAGUUGAUGCUGAAGGUACUACAGAGGAAGUGCAAGGUGGGAAUCAAGAUUUGCUUUCAGAAUUUGUUGAAUACAUAAAGAAACAGAAAUGUGUUCCACUUGAAGAUCUCGCUGCAGAAUUUCAUCUACGUACUCAGGAAUGCAUCAACAGGAUCGCCUCUUUGGAGAGCAUUGGGCGGCUCUCGGGGGUCAUGGAUGAUAGAGGGAAAUACAUUUACAUAUCAAUGGAAGAGAUGAAUGCGGUUGCAGAUUACAUCAAACGUCAAGGAAGAGUUAGUAUCUCACAUCUAGCAAGCAAGUCAAACCAGUUCAUCGACUUGGAGCCCAAAGUACAGCAUCAGCUGACUGAAGAAAUUAGCGGCAUGGAAGAGAUCUCAGUUUCUUAGUUGUGUUUCUCGGGUAAAAUCGUUUGUCAAAAACAAGAGUUAAAAGCCUUAGGUGCUCACUGCAACAUGAUGGUGUUUGGGUCAUAUACCUUCUUGUUCUUAUUUUACUAGUUUGAGAUCCUUAGGCUUGCAUCCAUAUACAGUACAUGAAAUACCAUAUGUUUAAAAUUGUUGUUUGUCUUACCAUUAGAAAAUAAAAUAAACACACAAAAGAAAUGGAUAUCAUGGUUGCUUUAGUAAAUCUUUAUUCCUCAAGUUAAAC